GCCACAGAAGAUAAACAAAUAAUCUUGAACGUCUCCGCCUGUCUCCAGAAGGAACCUCUCGAAAUACCUCGAAAAAAACGAAGAAAUGGUGAAACAAGUGUUGUAAUUGGUGAAGAGAAGAAAACUGCAACAUAAUCGGACCAAUCGUGUGAGGCGCCAUGUCGAAUAAGGUGAAAAUAGUGAUGGUUGGGCCACCCGAGUGUGGGAAAACAACACUCACAAACUUUCUAAGUGAGGCUGGAGAAGUGGGAAGUGGAGAGUACAGACCCACCAAAGGCUGUAGGAUUCUGGAAUUUGAAGUGCCCAAUAUAAACUACAACAACACUGCAGCCAGUGUUGAGGUUGAGCUGUGGGAUGUCAGUGGUGAUAGGACCUAUGAGACUUGUUGGCCUGUCAUUCAGCAAGGAGCACAGGGCAUUAUCUUUGUGUACAGCCCAGGGCGAGAGGAACACGCAAGGGUCCUUGAUAACUUGUACACGCACUUUGCUGAACAACAGGGCAUAAGUGAAGCUCAGUGCGUUGUGUUCUGCCACUACAAACCAGGAGCCAAGGGGAAAGGGGCAAAACUUUCAACUCCCUUCAACAAGAUCUCCAAAAUGGACACGCACUUGGAUGACGAUAGUGGAAGUGUGAAGAGGGAUUUUAAUGACUUCAUUGCAUCUGUCAUGAGUCACAUGUCUGAUGUUGUUGAGCGUCAAGAGAACUUUAUAUUGCAGUGAACCUAAAUGAAUUCAUGCAAUGAUAUAAAAAUGUUAUUAGCUCACAUGAACUUAUCAACAUGGAGUGGGCUCACACUCAAGCAUAGACAUAAAUUUACACAUGAAGAUAUACACAUGUCUUGUGUGCACUGACACUUUUUUUGUGAUACCCUUGCUGUUAUUCAUGUAUUUGCAAAAAAGAUUAAAUCAGUGAUGUUUCUGUACACUUAAUACCUUCUAGUCACUUAAUAUAUAUUUAUGCCGUCCAUA